CAAACGAAGAAGUAAAUGAGCCAAUCAGAAUGAGCGCAGAGAGGAGCUGCCCGGGCAUGUCCAGAAGCUGCACACGUGUUGCUACAGAAGAUGACUACAAUGCCUGUCCCAUUAUUUAACGAUGGCAGAGACGUCAAAAAGUUGUAAAGCCUCCUCACGGGGGCUUCUUAGUAACUAUAGAUAUUUGUGCAAAAAAGCCAUGCUGCUUAAUGCCAUGGAGCAUGCAAGAGCCAGGAAGAAGCGGCAGCAGGAGAGGAUCAUUGGCAGCAUGAACAUAAAAAGAAAGUGCACCCACCAAGAACCGCUGGAUGCAAAUACACUAAUCAGAAAAACAAAACCGAGUGAUACAGACCAGGAAACGCAAAACAGUGUGAACUCUGAACACAAACCUGCUGAUGUGUUUAAACAUGGACUCUCUGUGCCUAAAGCAGCUGACCACCACAGUUCACUCACAGCCCUCGGAGACAGCUGGGAGGUGGACAGCGGUUUCUCCUCUGAAGCCAGUCCUCCAGCCAGCGGUCGCAGCUCACCGUGCCUCAGCUCUUGUCCAACCACUGCGGUGGCGUUGGACUGUGAGAUGGUGGGGACGGGGCCCGGGGGGCGUUGCAGCGAGCUGGCCCGCUGCAGCAUCUUGGACUAUCAUGGCAAUGUCCUUUAUGAUAAAUAUGUCAGACCUUGUCAGCCUGUCACAGACUUCAGGACUCGCUGGAGCGGCAUCCGGAGGCAUCACCUUCACAACGCCACACCCUUCGCUCAGGCCAGAGAAGAGGUCCUCAGGAUACUUGAGGGUAAAGUUGUAGUGGGCCACUCCAUCUACAACGACUUUGAGGCGCUUGACAUGGUCCAUCCAUGUCACAUGGUCAGAGACACGGGAAUGACACGCCUCCUCAGCCGAUUGGCCGGUUUCCCUCGUGAACGCUGCGCCUCCCUCAAAAUCCUGGCCAGUAAGCUGCUGAACAGGAGGAUUCAGGAAGGGAGGAGAGGUCACUCCUCCGUAGAGGACGCUCGGGCCGCCCUCGACCUCUACAAGCUGGUGGAGGGAGAGUGGGAGCAGGAGCUGCAGAACAAGCUGAGAGAUGACGACGCUCCACAUGAGCCAAGCUUCGCCUCGUCCAACCACUACAUGCAGGAUGAGUACUGGCCAGAGGACGUCAUAGCUGACAGCCAAUGAGAAGAGAAGAGAGCACUCAUGACACAUUUAGAGGGAAACAACAGGUUCACACAGCUCCAAGUAAAGUGGAUAAAAAACCGUGACGGCAUAUGGAGUCUGAGGAGAAGUCGAGUUUAAAAAAUGGGAUAAAAUAAUCUACCUUGUCUCAUACUAGAAUAAGUACUGUAUCACGUUUGGAGAAAUAUCUUUUAUUGCUUGAAUGAAAACACUUUCUAAAUUAUUACUUUUAAACAUGUUAAACAUGGUCAGAGUUCCUAUCAGCAUAUUUUUUGCUGUGAUAAUAUUUAACACAGAGGUGUUGGUGAUCACGUUGGUCGGUACAGACUAGAUCGUGUUUAGAGUGAAGAGUUGCUGCUUUUGUAGCUGAAUAACUUGAGAUGUGCAGUUCUCUAACAGUAUCUGCUCUUACUUGAAAGGUUAAAUUAUUAGCUAUUAUUGGGAAAAGAAACUGAUCUUUGGCCACAAAUGCAACUAUUUAGAACAGCACAGUUUGAGAAUACUCGUUUAAAUUGUGUUUCACUGUCUCAAAGGCAAACCCAUUAUUGAAGAAGCAUUGACACGCUGAAAUAGUUGCAUUUUUUUGGUUCUGUUAAUGCAUAUGUGGUGUCGAGUGUAACAGUUGUUUUCAGUUGUGACAGUGUUUCAUUACCUCCAUUGUUUGCUGCUCGUAAAUGUUUUAAUAAAGUAGCAUCAUGUUAAAACUGAA